AUGAACGCUACCUAGAUUUUAGAUGCCACUACUUAAUCAGCUCAGUUUAAUUUGGGCAAAUGCAGAUCCAAGCAUAUUAUUGCGCAUCCUUGCACUACAAGAAAUUUAUUUUAUGCCAGUACUUGCUCAUUAAAGGGGCAAAAUAAGACCCAUUUGAUUGAAUUCAAAGAAGACGAAAAUAAGAUAUAUAAUUUAGAGUCAUAUGAAAACGAAGGUAUUAUUAGAUAAGUAGUACCAGAUUCGCGUAAUGAAGAAAGAUUUUACACCAUUUACUCUACAUUUGAUUAAGCAGGAAACGAAAAAACUGGAUUUAAUUUAAAGGGCUCGUCAGUAAAAGGAAGCGGAGAGGAUAUUAAUAGCGUUUAGUAACCUAUAUUUAGCUAAAAUUUUGAUACAUAUAUUCAUAGCUUAGUUAAUAGACUUAAAGAUUAAAAUAAAUUGUAUUUUGGUGAAACUCAUCAUUUAAAUGUUUUUGAUAUUUAGAAGUAAUAAGUCUCUCUUAAGUUAAAUGAAGGUGAAUCUGGUUCUAAUCUUUGUGAUGUAGACCCUCACCACAACGAUUAUGUUGCAAGUGCUUAAAACAAUGGAUCAAUUUUAAUUCAUGAUAUAAGAACUUAAAAGCCUGAAUAUGUAAUAAAAAAUGCACAUAGAUUAAGAGUUCAUGAUCUUGACUUUAACCCUCUUAAAUUAUAUUACUUCUAAAGUGUUGGCGAAGAUAACACUAUUAAAUUCUGGGAGUUAAGAAAACCUAACUUACCUAUGAAAGUUAUUGAUAAAUUAAACAAUAUUCCUCUUUCAUGCAAGUAUAACAAAGUCCACGACUAACUUUUGAUAACUGCCUUUAAUGAUGGAACUCUUGGACUUUACAGAGUUAUGUCAAUGAGCUCAUAUCCUGACUAAACUGCUUAAAAGGAGCCUGAUGGACUUAUUAAAACAUAUGAUCAACAUGAAAAUACAGUAUACAGUGUUUCAUGGUCCAAUCUAUCCUCUUGGAUAUUUGCUUCAAUUUCCUACUAAGGAGAUAUUGUAGUUAAUAUGGUGCCUAGUAGUAUUAAGCAUAGAAUUUUGUAUUGA